GGUUUUGCUGAAGGUACUCCUGAAGCAUCAUCCAAAGUCCACACAGCAAAAAUGAUCCAGUUACAAGCUGCUCCUAUGAUUGCACUUGUUGAUGAGCCAGUGUAUAUCUGGGCUACAGGUCUGACUCCCUUUCAGGUGGUGAGUUUUCAGGCAUCACUGAAAGAUGAAAAUGGGAACAUGUUUCAUUCUCGAGCCUAUUAUAGGGCCAAUGAAGCUGGUAUGGUGGACCUGGAGCAUGCUUCUGCACUUGGAGGUGAUUAUGUGGGAGUCCACCCCAUGGGUCUCUUCUGGUCCCUGAAACCUGAAAAGCUAUUAACUAGACUGAUAAAAAGAGAUGUGAUGAAUAGCUCCUUCAAAGUCCAGUUGAAACUUUAUGACUCAGUAUUACCACUAGAAAAAAAAGCUUCCUGUGCUCCAAAGGCCAGCCUGACUUUGGAGAGAUGGUAUGUAGCAGCUGGUGUCACACGGAUUCAGGUCCAAGAAGGCCGCCUUCGAGGAGCCCUCUUUCUUCCACCAGGAGAGGGCCGUUUCCCGGGGGUAAUUGAUUUGUUUGGUAUUACUGGUGGUCUGGCUGAAUUUCGGGCCAGUCUCUUAGCCAGUCAUGGCUUUGUUUCCUUGGCCUUGGCUUAUUGUAACUAUGAAGACCUGCCCCAACAGCUAGAAACGAUAGAUCUGGAGUAUUUCGAGGAAGCGGCUGACUUUCUCCUGAGACAUCCUAAGGUCAUUGGUCCAGGCAUUGGGGUAGUUUCUGUAUGCAGAGGAGCAGAAAUUGGACUUUCUAUGGCUAUUCACCUAAAACAAGUCACAGCCACUGUACUUAUUAAUGGGCCCAACUUUGUUUUUGAUACUCCACAUGUAUAUCACGAUCAGAUCUAUCGGCCCCUCUUUUGCUCUGCACAAUUAGUGUCUAUCAAUGCCUUUGGAUUAGCAGAGCUCUAUCACAUUUUUGAGGAAGCUCGAGUUGAAGACAGUCAGUCUCUUUUUCCCAUUGAAAAGGCCCAGGGACAUUUCCUCUUUAUUGUGGGAGAAGACGAUAAGAAUAUCAACAGCAAAGCAUAUGCUGAACAAGCCACAGCACAGUUGAGAAGUCAUGGGAAGAACAACUGGACCCUGCUGUCUUACCCUGGGGCAGGCCACCUGAUAGAGCCUCCCUAUUCUCCACUCUGCUGUGCCUCAAGUCUCUACAAUGUGUACAUAAAUGUACACUGGGGAGGAGAGGUGAUUCCACAUGCAGCUGCCCAGGAACACUCUUGGAAGGAGAUCCAAAAAUUUCUCAGGAAGCACCUCAUCCCAACUGUGACCAGUCAGCUCUGAGAAGACUAGAUAUUCCUAGAGAAGGAAAUCUCUUUACCAGCUCCAUCUCUUGAUUUUCAUGGAGCAAUGCCUUUUACCCCCAUAUUUUGUGUUAAUUUUAAUGAUCAAAAUAGGGUAAAAACCUGAUAUUUCACUUAAUUGUGCAAAAGUUAGAUGAACUGAAUGAGGGGCAAAUCAUAAAUCAUUUUACUUAUAAUUUCUUGGCUUUUCGUCCCAUUAGGUCUUUCAAAUAGGACAAAGGUAUAGUAUACUGACAAAAAUUGAAAGAGGCAAGCAAGAAUAGUGACAAAAAUUGAAAGAGGCAAGCAAGAAUAGUGACAAAGUAACAGAUACUCUAAACUGAAUACCAUGUCAGAAAACAUCAUAUAAUAACCAUUUGUCAGAUUAGAAACAUCACAAAAAGUUACUUCUAAGUCAUAAUUAUUUUAGUUAUGGGAACUUCACAACUCCAUUCUUCAUUUGUGAAGUAGUAAAAUUCAUGUCAAAAAGGAAAGGAGGAAUGGAGGAAGUCAAUUAGUUCAUUCCAACAAAUUACUUCUCCAGUUCUUAAAAGCAUGCCCAUCAGCACAAAAUUGAAAAUAACUAAGACUAGAAGAGACUUGCUUUAAGUUAUGAAACAAAAUACAAUUGAAAAUACAACAAAAUAAGAUGAGUGGGGUGACAAAAUCCCUCACUGAAAAUCUGUACUAACAAAUUAAAUUAAUAAUUUAUUUUAAAAAGUAAAACUAGAAACAACAUUCUACUGGUACAGACUAGCCCGAGUGAUUUGAUGAACAGAGUGGUUGGUCAAUUGUCACUGUACUUUCAUA